AUUAUUAUGAAGAGUCGAAAUACGAAUGUCUUUUAAGGUAUGCACGAGAUUUCCCAUUCCAAAACAUGUUUUGAAGAUAUGUAUUCUGAAAUAACUUAAUUUUCAGUAGGAGACGAGUGGACGCGGAUAUUGGCACAUGGACGAGUAGGACACGAAUCAGACAAGUGAAAACUAUUUCAGGUGAGCUCUGGAUGGCUAGCGAGUUAGCUAGUGUUUCAUUACGUCUGCUUGCUUUAUUAGCUAGCCAGCAAUGUUAGCUGCAUGAUAGCGAACAACUCAUUCAAGUUUAAAGUUAGCUAGCUAAGGUUGGCGUUUCAUAAACUUUCGUCCAGACAUCGAGAGUUGGCACAAAUACUCUUCAAGCUAGCUAGCUAUCCUUUCAAUAUGUUGCACUCUUGCUGCCUCUGCCUUGCACCAUUGUCUCGAGCGACAGGCAAGUUUGCUAUUUUUGCCAACCCCGCCUUAAACUAGCAGCCACUGCCAUAACAUAACAGGACAAAACCUCGUUAAAAAUUACAAUGUUUUAGAGGAUUCUUUAUUUUAUUUCAACAGUUUGACCCAGCCACUUUUGUAACGGAGCUUGGACAUUUACUCAAACAUUUUACAUUAUUGACAGUGUUGGGGAAACUACUCUGAAAAUAUAGUUUACCAAGCUUGAUACCAAUUACUUCACACUGGAAGAAGUUAGCCCAUUAAACACAAAAAGUCAGAUUUAGACACUCAAAUUGUUUCAAGUGAGAAUUAGGCAGGUCUGAUGCUGAAAAAGAAAUAACAUUAUUGCCUACUUCACCCAUCUUUUCUUUUUGCAAAACAAGUAGAGUAUAGUUAGCUUCACCACUAUGGCAAAAAAAAGUUCACUACUGCAAACACUACCAAGAUUUGAAUUUAGUUCAACUACCACCAAGCUACUGCACAUUCUUAUUAAAUUACUUGUUGAACUACAUGUAGUUCACUACUCCCCAACACUGAUUAUUGACAACACAAAAUCAUGGAGUACCGGUAAUACAUGAUUACAACCUAUUGUGGGCCGUUGUACCAAGCUCAUAAUAUAUUAUAAGUUAUACUCAAGAAAGCCAGGGCAUUAAUUGAAAUUACACUGACAAUUGAACAGUAGGAAAUCUUAUACAUUGUGCCUUUUAACAUUUAUCAGUCGCAUACAGCUACAUUAUGUUCAUGUUUCUCCACUCCAGUGAGAGCUAGGCAGAGUUGAGGCUACACCAUGGAGUUCAGUAGGAUAGAGUUCUUCCAGGAGCUAGGGGAGAGCUGUGUUCUCCCUACGGCCCAGCAGGGAGUGGAACAGGUCUGGCAGCUGCUGCUCCUCUGCCUGCUCUGUCGACUCCUCUGUAGGCUGGGUGAGUCCACUUGAACACUUGACCAAUAACAUUAUAAAAUGGGGAUAACACAGGAUGUGCCAAACUUCAUGUAAUUUAUACUUUGCCAUGACACCAUCCACAGUGUGUGGGACAUACGUAAUGAUGACAGAUAAAGAACUCAGUAUUACCUUACAGAGGCCUACAAAAGCACCCCAAUUCCUACAAAGGCCUUUGGUGGUGCCAGCCUGGUAUUUAGUGUUUCCUGUCCUCCAGUAGGUCGCUCGUCGUCUGUGAAACACCUGGGCUCAGUGGCAGCGGGUCUAUAUGCCCUCUACCUGUUCUUUGAGCAGUCCAUGGUGUGGGUGUUAAUGCUCAGUAUGCUCUGCUACACUGUCCUGUUCCUCAACCGCCACUCCAGCAGCCGAGGAAUCUUCCUCUCUGCCACUAUCCUCAUCUAUCUACUCAUGGGGUAAUGAAUGAAAUUAAUGAACUCCAUCUAUAGCUAAUGCUGUAUCAUAAACAUUGUUGCUCCACUUAACUGUUUUCUUCAAAUUUUUUAUCUCCAGAGAGCUGCAUAUGAUUGACACAGUGACCUGGCAUAAAAUGAGAGGUAAAUGUCCUGCACAGAUGUGAAUGAUUGGAUGGCAAGGCAGUAUGAGACAUAUGCAUGAUUUUAUAGAUUCAGACACAGACAUCCUCCUGUUGCAUUGUAUUCGAGACCUUAGUGAAGGAACCACUGUGCGUGCUUUGCCUAUCAUCCCCACUUCCCCAGGUUCUCAGAUGGUGGUGGCCAUGAAGGCCAUUUCUCUGGCCUUUGACCUGGACAGAGGCACUGUGCUCGCUGUGCCCAACCCUCUGGAGUUCAUAGGCUACAUUUUCUUUGUGGGCACUGUCAUCUUUGGGCCCUGGAUUAGCUACUCAAGCUACAAAGAGGCCAUUGAGAGCCGUAAACUGGUAAGCCACAGCUGAAGAGAUGUGCUACUGUUUUGCAAAAAUAAUGUCUUCUCAGUCAACUUGUUGAAAGAAAGCUGAAUAGAUGCCUGGAUAGUAUCUGAAUUUACAUUUGACAUAUAGGUCUAUAACAUAUUGGUCCAGAUUUACUAAGUGUUUGCGCUGGUGCAAAGUUUACACCUCUUUUCACUGCAGUUAGAUCAACAUACUUUAGCUGCUUUAAGUCAAAAUGCCUGCUAAAAUCUGUCCUUUUUUAACUUCUCUGUCCCCCAGAGUUGGUCCUGGCUCCAGAAGUUUUCAGUCAGCUGGGUGAAAUGCCAGGUGUGCUUGGUGAUAUCCAACUGCAUCGCCCCAUACCUCUUCCCUUACUUCAUUCCAAUCCACGGGAGCAGAGGACUGCACACGUGAGUGCACGUUUCACUGAGCAAUUCCUUGGUCAUUCCAAUGUCAUUGCUAUUUUGAUAUGUGAAUGUACAAUAACUUUAUUUUAGUGAUUUCCAUUUAUUUAUAUUUCUCUGCUUCCAAGAGGCACAUAAGCAAGUUAAGGGUUAUUGUGAUGAAGAACAUCAAACAAAGUUUUUCAGACAAUCAUGUGUAGAAGCAAUAGUUAACUCUUCAAGAUGGCGUCAGUGCAUAAUGCUAUUCCUAGCAUUAUUGCUGAAUGAAGAAAGGCUAUAAACAGUAUCUUAGAGCUAUCUUGUCUAUUUUCCCUGUGUGCAGGUGGCUCCACGCGUAUGAGAAUGCUGUAUCCUUCCACUUCAGUAACUACUUUGUGGGCCACCUUAGCGAAAGUACUACUGUGCUGGCAGGAGCAGGUUUCACUGAAGACAAGGACAAUGUCAAAUGGUGAGUUCAAUUCAUACGAUCUAUGGUUCAAUCAGUUGUGGUACACAUAUUUCAUAUAUUUGCCUUUAGGUUAAGUGUACAGUUGAAAUCGGAAGUUCACAUACACCUUAGCCAAAUACAUUUAAACUCAGUUUUUCACAAUUCCUGACAUUUAAUCCUAGUAAAAAUUCCCUGUCUUAGGUCAGUUAGGAUCACCACUUUAUUUUAAGAAUAAUAGUAGAGAGAAUUAUUUAUUUCAGCUUUUAUUUCUUUCAUCACAUUCCCAGUGGGUCAGAAGUUUACAUACACUCAAUUAGUAUUUGGUAGCAUUGCCUUUAAAUUGUUUAACUUGGGUCAAAUGUUUCAGGUAGCCUUCCACAAGCUUCCCACAAUAAGUUGGGUGAAUUUUGUCCCAUUCCUCCUGAAAGAGCUGGUGUAACUGAGUCAGGUUUGUAGGCCUCCUUGCUCGCACACGCUUUUUCAGUUCUGCGCACACAUUUUCUAUAGGAUUGAGGUCAGGGCUUUGUGAUGGCCACUCCAAUACCUUGACUUUGUUGUCCUUAAGCCAUUUUGCCACAACUUUGGAAGUAUGCUUGGGGUCAUUGUCCAUUUGAAAGACCCAUUUGCGACCAAGCUUUAACUUCCUGACUGAUGUCUUGAGAUGUUGCUUCAGUAUAUCCACAUAAUUUUCCUUCCUCAUGAUGCCAUCUAUUUUGUGAAGUGCACCAGUCCCUCCUGCAGCAAAGCACCCCCACAGCAUGAUGCUGCCACCCCCGUGCUUCACGGUUGGGAUGGUGUUCUUCGGCUUGCAAGCGUCCCCCUUUUUCCUCCAAACAUAACGAUGGUCAUUAUGGGCAAACAGUUCUAUUUUUGUUUCAUCAGACCAGAGGACAUUUCUCCAAAAAGUACGAUCUUUGUCCCCAUGUGCAAUUGCAAACCGUAGUCUGGCUUUUUUAUGGCGGUUUUGGAGCAGUGGCUUCUUCCUUGCUGAGCGGCCUUUCAGGUUAUGUCGAUAUAGGACUCGUUUUACUGUGGAUAUAGAUACUUUUGUACCUGUUUCCUCCAGCAUCUUCACAAGGUCCUUUGCUGUUGUUCUGGGAUUAAUUUGCACUUUUUGCACCAAAGUACGUUCAUCUCUAGGAGACAGAACGCAUCUCCUUCCUGAGCGGUAGGACAGCUGCGUGGUCCCAUGGUGUUUAUACUUGCGUACUAUUGUUUGUACAGAUGAACGUGGUACCUUCAGGCGUUUGGAAAUUGCUCCCAAGGAUGAACCAGACUUGUGGAGGUCUACAAUUGUUUUUCUGAGGUCUUGGCUGAUUUAUUUUGAUUUUCUCAUGAUGUCAAGCAAAGAGGCACUGAGUUUGAAGGUAGGCCUUGAAAUACAUCCACAGGUACACCUCCAAUUGACUCAAAUGAUGUCAAUUAGCCUAUCAGAAGCUUCUAUAGCCAUGCAUCAUUUUCUGGAAUUUUCCAAGCUGUUUAAAGGCACAGUCAACUUAGUGUAUGUAAACUUCUGACCCACUGGAAUUGUGAUUAAGUGAAAUACUCUGUCUGUAAACAAUUGCUGGGAAAAUUACUUGUGUCAUGCACCAAGUAGAUGUCCUAACCGACUUGCCAAAACUAUAGUUUGUUAACAAGACAUUUGUGGAGUGGUUGAAAAACGAGUUUUAAUGACUCCAACCUAAGUGUAUGUAAACUUCCGACUUCAACUGUAUGUUUAUUAUUGCAGUAUUUUGAUAGCAUAGUAACACAGUGGCUAUGUACCUAUUGUAAUAUAUGUCUAGGUAAGAUAAGUGAAAAUAAUGUGUGUGUGUGCGCGCGCAUGUGCAUAUGUGUUUUUAGGGAUCUGAAAGUGGUUAAGCCUCUGAAUGUGGAGUUGCCCAGGUCCAUGGUGCUGGUGGUGACCUCCUGGAACAUCCCCAUGUCUCGCUGGCUCAACACAUGUAAGCAUCAUUACACCUUCAAUUUACUAUAAACAGAUUAGACAGAAAUGUUAGAACUAUGGGCAGUGUUUAACCAACAGUUUUUUUUUUUUUACAUUAAAAUGUCAACUGAUUACUGUCUCUUUCCCCCAUUUUGUUAUAGAUGUUUUCAAAAGUGCUUUGAAACUUGGCACAUUUUCAUCCAUCAUUGUGACUUACACAGCCAGUGCCCUGCUACAUGUGAGUAUGAGUCAACCAACUCAGUGAAGACAUCUUACGUGAUGAUUCAGAAAAGGUCACUCACCAUCGCACUUUAAUACUGUUUUCUGCUUUAGUAAGAUUUGAUCUGAUUUAAAAAAUCUGGACUCUGGCUGAGGCCAAAGUGAAGAGUUGGUUGAUCAGCUUCCUAUGUUGUGAAACGAAUCCACCAUUUUGUUUUCUCCAGGGCCUCAGCUUCCAUCUUGGGGCCGUGCUGCUGUCUCUGGGCUUCAUCACCUACGUAGAACAUGGUGAAGUUACCUCUCCUAUCUGCUUUUCUCAUUCACAUGCUCACUUGUGUCAUGUGAGUAUUGUUUCAAAGGUUGUACUGGUUGUGCAUUGACAUCACCUUAUUGUCUUGUCAUCCUCUGUCAGUUCUGAGGAAGAGGCUGGCAGCCAUCUUUAGUGCCUGUAUCCUGUCCAAACAGUGUCCCAACAAUUGCCAUCAUCAGCAGAAGAAGGUACAUGCUUGUCGCAUCCAGGAAUGUUUACACUCAUAUUUGUAUAUCAUAUUUUGAAGGUGCUUUCCAUAAGAGACCAUAUUGUUAAUUGCACAUUGAAUGGGUCCAUGUGGGGGAGUGAGCUAGCUAGUGCACAUUGCGGGGAGGAGGUUUGGGAUUCAGAACACAUCCCCAGUGUAGUGAAUGAUCUGUGCCUCUCUCGUAGGAGCUGUGGGUGUAUGGCAUCAACCUGGCCUUCAGUGCCAUGGCCAUCUUCCACCUGACAUACCUGGGCUCCCUGUUUGACGCUGAAGUAGACAACUUGGCUGCAGAGGAGGUAAGGCCCACCAAUGACCUGCUACUGCUGGCUGGGGCCAAGUUAAUGGAGAACAUAAGAAUUAAACAGUGGUCUAUAUGAACGUAUUACUUAUACACAUUUAGUCACCAUUGUCCUCCUUCUCAGGGUUAUGUGGCCAACCACACCAUUCAGAAGUGGUCAGAGUUGAGCUGGGCCAGCCACUGGCUGGUGUUCGGCUGCUGGCUCUUCUACCGCCUCAUUCAGUGAUCUCAUUGGACGAAGGUCUGUACUGAACAGAAGACAAUAGCCUGGUCCAAAAAGAACCCUUAUCUCACAGGUGGGCCAUCUUACCUAGUGAGGUCUGGUAUGGGUGCAGACUUAGUGGACACGGAAUAGCGAAGUGCAGGGCCAGGACGAUUGUCCCACUCCAUCAUGACUGGAAGAAUGCUGCAUUGUUUACCAGGGUCUUUCUGUAUUUGUUUGUUGUGGUAAACACUAACGAACCAGUCACACACGUUCUUUGCUAUGAUGCAUCACACUGUUGAGAUUGAGAACCAGAGGUAGGCUGAAGAUUUAUCAGUGGCUUCUGUAUAGGCUACUGUUCAUCUUCAGGUCUUUUGGAGUUUGAUCACACACAAUCAUUAUGAAUAUUUAUGUUUCUGUUUAUAUCAGUAGCACUAUAGGUCUUCUCACACUGCAUUGUUCUUAGCCCCAGGGCUAAGACUGGGCCAUGGGCUAGCUUAUCCUGUGUUCAUACAAGCAUGUGUUAACCUGGGGCCUUAUGUGAAUUUAUUAUGUUAGACCAUUGAUGUUAUAUAAUACAUGAUGUUCUCGAUGGAGGUACUUUUUUUCUACUUCUGUAUGUGUGUCUGUUUCUCUAUUAAAGGCAUGUUUUUCUAGUUCUGUGGCACUACUUAGACACUAAUAAAUGAAGGGUUUAUUUGUUGAUGAGAGGUGAAGCACACCCUAGUAGUUACAUUAUUUAUUCAACAAGUUGAAGGAUUGUACUGUAUUUUGCAGCAAAUUAUACUAUUUAGAAUGGCAGAUCAAAACAAUGGUUACUGGACAAAAAUAUAAACGCAAUAAUUUCAAUUUUUUAACAGUUCAUAUAAGGAAAUCAGUCAGUUGAAAUACAGUUGAAAUACAUUCAUUAGGCCCUAAUCUAUGGAUUUCACAUGACUGGGAAUACAGAUAUGCAUCUGUUGGUCACAGAUACCUUUAAAGAAAAAAGGUAGGGGCGUGGAUCAGAAAACCAGUCAGUAUCUGGUGUGACCACCAUUUGCCUCAUGCAGUGUGACACAUCUCCUGCACAUAGAGUUGAUCAGGCUGUUGACUGUGGCCGUUGGAAUGUUGUUGGAGGUGUCGUUGGAGGCGAUUUAUGGUAGAGAAAUUAACAUUAAUAUCUCUGGCAACAGCUCUGGUUGACAUUCCUGCAGUCAGCAUGCCAAUUGCGUUCUCCCUCAAAACUUGAGACAUCUGUGGCAUCGUGUUAUGUGACAAAACUGCACAUUUUAGAGUGGCCUUUUAUUGUCCCCAGCACAACACUUUACAUGUUGACUUCAGUGUAGUUAAUCUUAACCAUUUAAGAGUAUUAUGCUUAUUACAAGCAUCAACCUAAUUAACAUAAUACAAAAAUCCCCAUCAAAAUCUGUCAGUAUUAAGGGAAAGAUAUCUGCAUGGGAUUUUUUGCAUGGGCUGCAUCUCAAUCCACUGGAUCCACCCACCUAUGUCGGCCUUCCGCAUCUGCGGUGGAAAGUGGCAGAGCUACAGUGCUGUUUGUCAGACCAGGAGACAUCUGAAAAUCGAUCUUCUCACAAAAACGUCUGUAGGUUGAUGGCACCUUAAUUAGGGAGAACAGGCUCGUGGUAAUGACGAGCGGAAUCAGUGGAAUGGUAUCAAAUGCAUCAAACAAAUGGUUUCCAGGUGUUUGAUGCCAUUCCAUUUGCUACGUUCCGGCCAUUAUUAUGAGCCGUUCUCCACUGAUAUGACCCCAUUAUUGGAAAGGGGAGACUCACGAACACCAUGGUAUUUCCAUUUUGCUCUACAACCCCCACAACAACAACAGGACUCGUCUGAAGGUAACCCGGUACCAGUUUAAAAAAUGAAUGGAAGUAUGUAGCUAGUUUUGUGCCAACAAAAUAAAGGUGUUAAAUAUGUGUCCCAAAAACAAAAAUAUUUCCUGAACUUUCUGAUACUGUAUCUCCUAGAGACACUUAUUCCUUAUGAUUUUUUUUUACUGUCUUUUUCCAUUUAUGAAUGUGUUAUUCAAUGCAUUUCUAUGGGCUAUAGUAGUAAAGCCCAAAUUAAAUAUUUUAUCAAAUAAUUUAAAAUAAUUGUUUUGAUACCUACAGGGGUCCUAAAAUUCAAAAUCAAAUAGCUAAGUGAUACAUGGUAUGACCAUUUUAAAACAAUUUGUUAGCUUAUUUUCACCACCCAGCUUGUUUAGAGCCCCCUCAUGAUCGGUUCAGAGACAACACAAGUUGACACAUUCCAAAGUGGACUUGGCUCCCCAUCUGUCAGCUUACCUUUCUUACCUGUGUUUAGUCAAUCAUUAAUCACUGCUAUCGGGAAAGCAUCGUUCAGACAACAGGACGCAAUCUCAACACGGAACUGACAAGACACUCGCCAAGUGACCGUCCUCGGAGAAUAGAAAAACAAAGUCUCGUCCUUUAUUACAUCAGUCUUUCUAUACCAGGUCAGUUGGUUCAAAUGUAAUUGUCCCUCCUUAAAUUUGACGGAUAUCUGGUUUUACAGAAGGCCUACUCUAGAUUCUGUCCUAUUCACAAUACGUCUAGGGUUUGUGGUGUUUGUUAGUGGGAACUGUGCUCUCUGAGAGGAUGAGGAGAGGAGGUAACUGCAGCUGGUUAGGAGCAGAGAUCCCACUGUCCUGGGAGUUCUUCAGUGGUAAGACCAGCAUUUAUGCAUUCACAUGAACUGUAUGGCAGAUGUUAUUGACUGGCCAGAGAUGACUUUUUUUGUACAGUCAUUGGAUCUGACACAUCAGGUUCUGUGUGGUAGAUGUCCGUGCUUGCCAAAAACUGCACAAUGCUUUUUCAAUGCUUUGUCUAUGUGCAAUAUUGGUGUUUGCCGUCUUCGAUUCUGAGUGAUGCUAACUGAGCCAUUCGCUGCUACGCCAACCCUGCUAAUGUGUUGGGGCAUUUCCACCUGAGACUUACCUCACACCAGUGUGUCACCAGUGUUUAUGUUAAUGUAAUCUCUAGUGUUGUUUUCUGGGAACUGUAUGUGUUGGAUAGGAUGUGUCCCACCACAAGUCCUUGUGUUGUGCGCUUGUCCUCAGUGAUCAAGGAUGAGCUAUGGCUGUUUCUCAUUCCUGCCGGGUUCGCUGUGAUCAUGCUGGCCCUGUUCCUAGAAGAGGUGGGCUUCUUCCUGCGUCACGUGCCCUACUCCAGACGCCGGUGCCUCUACCUGUGGAUACUGGGCAUGUACCCGGUAAAGGGACCUCUCCUUUUUGCCAUACAUUUAAAUUGUUUUCGGAUAGGUAUUUGUACAUUUUGUCAUUGUUGCUACUAACUUCACUCAUUCUCUUUUGGUCAGGUCUUUGGCUUAACCUCAAUCAUUGCGCUGUACGUUCCUCGCUCCUCCUCACUGUGUAACUUCAUAGCUUCUCUGUAAGUAUCGAGUACAACCUCUUGACCAUCACUUUGUUUGUGUACUAACUUAAACAUGGAAACAUUUGGGCUAAAACUUCCAUCAGUAAAACUUAUCUCUCCAUUUGUCAUUCUCUCUCUGAAGGUACCACUCCAUCACUCUGCUAAAGUUUAUGGGGCUCAUCACAGACUUCUUUGGGGGAAAGGCCCGCAUGCUGGAGAUCUUAGCUGGAGAGCAGGUGUCUCCGGAUCCGUUCCCAUGUUGCUGCUGCUGCUGCCUCCCUAUGAUAGCCAUCAACAGGUACUUUAUAACUGGGUGUCCUCCUCAGUGUGCACAUCCAUAUCGUGAUAAUGAUAGAUUCAUAAGAUAUUGCCGCAUCGCGAGAAUGAUAGAUAAACAAUAUAUUGCUGUAAUGACUCCAUAUCGCAAUACUGAUAAAUGCACAACAUAUCGCCAUAAUCGCCUGUGUCGCGAUAAUGAUAAAUACACUAUAUAUUGCCGUAAUCACCCUGCCCCACUACCUCUCUCCCUCCAUAGGACCAGCCUGGGAUGGAUGAUGGCUGCUGUGCUACAACUGUCUGUGGUCAGAACCAUCCUGUUCUUUGUCACUCUGGUCCUCUGGACAGAUGAGCAGUAUGACUAUGGAGAUGUGAGUGGCACUCAUAUAUCGCAAGACAUAUUUGCAUUGUAACCAAUUUAUUUUUGUCCUAAAUUUAACCAAAUGAGUCCCUGGUUAAUAAGUCAAUUACUUAAUUAUACAAGUAGAUGCUACUAUUAGCAAUUUUCUUACCAUAUCCAUGCCAUUUUUCACAGAUGGAUUCUGCCAAUCCCAAUAUGUACAUGAAUGCCAUCAUAGGCGUGUCUACCUUCUUGUCCUUCUAUGGCCACCUGCUGUUUUACAAGGCCACCAAAAAGGCCUUGCCUGGCUAUGGGCUGAGGGCCAAGUUUGUCUGUAUCAUUGUAGUGUUGGUGCUGUGUGGCCUUCAGAGUGGAAUCCUGGAGACCAUGGGGGCCCUGGAGGUGGUGCCCUGCACCCCUCCCUUCUCUGUUCUCAUGCGUUCCCAGCGUAAGUGCAUUGUGAUGGAAGUCCUCCCCCAUACAUCUCCCUCCCAAUAUCAUCUCCAUGUCAAUAUUGUAACAGUGGAGAUAAAUGUUGAUUAUGUAAUUAUCAAUGUGACAUUGGUGGUAACCUCUUAUCUUUUAUUAUCUUCCUGUCUCAGUAAUUUACCACUACUCUGUGAUUGUGGAGAUGUUCUGCAUAUGCCUCUUUGCCCGCCACACUUUCCGUAAAGUGGAGCCUAGUCUAGAGGAGGGCUUUGGGCUGGAGGAGAGGCCCCCCAGAGGCAUGCUGGUGGAGAAGGCGGUUCAGACUGAAGACGUGGUGCCACUCAGGGAGAACCCCUGGCCUGGCUGGGGCGGCACCGGAGUCUCCAAUCCCGACUGUAAUAGUGACAGCAGUGAGGACAGCCUCUGUAAGAUCGAACACGCCGCUUUGGAUCGCUUCCCUUUCCCUCUUCAACCCAGACGUCAAGAGACGGUGAGGCCAGAGAACGUAACUGAUGAAAGUGGCAUUUUGGAGAUGCCCAAACUGACUGUCAACGCUGACAUCAACGUUGUGGAGACUAGGGAUGUUACUGUUGUAUGACAAUAUGGAAUGGACUGUCCUGGAUUCUCCUGACGGGAAGACAACAUAGGGGUCACCUCCAGAAAAUGGAAGAAACACACCACACCGCUUGAGGUACUACCUUAACCAGUUUGUUCCUUUUUGCGUAAAUUGUCUGAGACCCUGGAUCUAUCCAUUCUAUCUAUUCCUUAGCUGAAUGAAGAUGGUAGCUACCGGUGUGAUAGGCUAUAAUUUAUUCCUACCCAUAGUGUUUUCCUAAUUUUUAAACUCUGUACAUUUUGUUUUGCUAUGUUAUCUCAAAAAGCCAAUAAACUCAUUUUUUAAAAGC